AUGUCAACCAAAGCCAAACUCACAUUGGGUGCUUCCAUCGUCCUCUGCUGUGGUACCAUUUACGGUGUUCAUUACCUUCAGCGCUUUGAAAAAGACCUUAUGCGUCAGGGAUUGGAGAAGGAUGAUGAACGCCGACGAAAGUUACAACAACGUGAAGAAAACAUGCGAGAGCUUGAGGAGCAACAAGCAUUACAUCAGGAACUUUUGAAGACACAAACAGUAUCCAAACUACCAUCUAGUGAACCUGCGUCCGAAGACGAUUAA